AUUGAAGAUAGAGUAGGAUUGUUUGCUAAAUCUACGGAACUCCAUCUUUUGUACCAUCUUGCCAUUUGAACUAGCUUUUGGAUUUAUCCCCAAAAAAUUGCCUCGGCUGUGUUAACUUCACCCACAGUCAUUCUUGACACGACCAUCACUGGCUGUCAUUUGUUUAAGCUAAUAAACACUACAUAUCACACCACCUUUUUACUAUGACAAUAUUUAACUAACUUGUAUAAGUAGCUAGUUUUUCAAUGUAAACAAGAGGUUCUCUCGCUGGACUCAACUCCUUUGCUUUGUCAUGCAACUCCUACCCGAGCUGAUCUCACACAGACACACACACUUAGAUCGAAGAACACGUAUAACUAGCUAUUUUCAUGGACAACUUUACAAGUUAGGAUAAUCAGAUCGUCUUGAAACAUAUUUAGUCCUAUGUCCAUCACAAUAAAGAGUGUUGGAUUGGCAUUGGGGAAGUUUCCUGUUUUCACACCAAUCCAUUCCUUAAAAUUCCACGAGGGGGAGUGUACACUUCGAGAAGUUGAGGGGCAUAAUUCAAAAUUGACCCAUAUCCCAAUUUCCUAUACAUUUUGGAUAGGUCUGAGCAGAGUUGUAUUACUAUGUUGUCCAGUAAGGUUAAAUAAAUGGAGAUAUUCUAGAGAUAUUUCCAUCGAACUAUUACAUUAGAUAAGCAUGUCUGUUCUUUAGUCCUGAGUACGCGAUCGAUUAUGUUUACUCGAUUAGACAGACUUGUUCGACUACUAUAUUAAUUGACUAGAUCACAGCGUCGAGCCCCGUCGAGUUUGCUGAAUAUGGACCCGAAUUAGCCCGAGCAACGUGAUUUUGACAAAUUGCCUGAUAUAUAGCUAAAUAUCUUACGGUCAGAUUUCGAUUCUUAUGGGGAGCAAAGAUCUUUACAAUAAUUAAAAAAUAUAUGUAAAAAAAUAACAGCAAACGUGAGCUAAAUCCGAAUGCUUCAUUGGAAGCUAGCGUUAGCAUUGUUGGCUAGCCUGCUAGCUAGCUAACGUUAGCGAAUUGAGUUUUCUUUGAUGAGCUACAAGUAUCUAUCUGAGAAUGCUGAACAAAUCAGUUAUUUGCAAUUUAAUUUUGUAAACUGAGGUUACCCAGCUAGCAUUAGUUAGGCUAGCUACAUAUAUUUAUGUACUGCUAGCAGUUAUAGCUAGCACACCAGUUGAAAACCUGUGUCGAUUGAUUCGUCUUGUCUGGCAUGAUGGGGAUCUCUAGCUAGCUACAUUAGCUGCAAAGAGCUCGCCAAUCUUGGUUGAUCCGUAGUUAAAUCGCACAAUUUUGAUUGGUGUGUCACGAUGGAUCUUAACUUUUACUCUGAACUUUCUGAUGGCACUGGUCAGAAUGUCGACCCGGAGUUCUUGGAAGCACAGGCUUAUAAUGGAUACGACCCAAUUAACAAGUUUCCAGGGGGCAGUGAUAAUUACCUUACCAUAUCUGGGGCAGGUCAUCCUUUUCUCUCCUCUGAGCAGACAUUCCAUACCCCCAGUCUUGGUGAUGAGGUGUUUGAGAUCCCUCCAAUCUCCCUGGACCCGGACACGGCACUCAGUGUGGGGGACGUGGUUUCCCAUUUUGGGGAACUCUCAGGUGGAGCAGGGAGUCUCGCGGGUGCUGGAAGCCUGGCGAGGAAUGCUGUGGUGGGGGGCAAUGACCCCUCCUUUGCCUCCACCUAUGUGAACACAACCUCUCAGGGCCUGGAGCACCUGAGCUUGGGGGUAAUGAACCAGCCUGGAGGGGGGGCCCUGCUCAGUUCAACACUAGGGGUGGAACUUGGCCACUCCAUUGGCUCCCAUUUCAGCAGCUCCUCUCCAAUGACCAUUGAUGUCCCACUUGGUGACAUGAAUCAUGGCCUAUUGGGACACAAUCAGCUAACCACUAUUGACCAAUCAGAUCUGAGCGCCCAGCUCGGGCUUGGCCUUCAUGGCGGGAACAUUCUGUCUCGUUCCAAAUCACCUGACCAGCUGUCUGUCACGCCCUCUCCAGCGGGCUCUCUCCAGGAUGAUGAUAUGGAUGACUUCAGGUCUUGUAUCUUUCCCCGUCUCUCUCUGUCCACUGGUCCCGCUGUCACCCCGAAGAGUGUGCUGGUUGACUCUCCGAUGUCCCUGUCUGUCUCCCCUGCGGUACUCUCCCACCUCUCCACCAUGCCAGCCUCUUCCCCCAUGCUCGCCUCCUCAGUCUCCAGUGCCUUGGUGAGGCGCGGCGGGGGCAAGCCUGCCAUGGUGGCCGCUACGGCAGGGCCUGGAGGAGGGAAGAAGGGGAAGAAGAAGAAAGAUCCCAACGAGCCCCAGAAACCAGUCUCUGCCUACGCCCUGUUCUUCAGGGACACUCAGGCUGCCAUCAAGGGCCAGAACCCCAACGCCACAUUUGGAGAGGUGUCCACGAUAGUAGCCUCCAUGUGGGACAGUCUUGGGGAAGAGCAGAAACAGGUGUAUAAGAGAAAGACGGAAGCGGCGAAAAAGGAGUACCUGAAGGCACUAGCAGCUUACAGAGCCAAUCAGCUCUCACAGCCCUCCAUUGAAGUGAUGGACACAGCUUCUUCACCAUCACCUCCUCCAAUACCUGAGCCAGUGCCUUUGGCUCCCCUGGCUCCCGCCCGCACCUCCCGUCUCCCCCAACACAUCGCAGACCAGAAUACCAUCACCAACAUCUGUGCCUCCAAUAUUAUUCUGGACGUCCCCCAAGUCACCACGCGUUCUCGCACAGGAGCUUGCAAGCCCCCCACCCUGGGCCCCACAGCCACCCCGACCCUGACCCCCACCAUCACCAAGAUCAUCAUCUCCAAACAGAUGCUCCAGGCCGGGGCUAAGCUCCAUCAGAUACCCAACUCCAUGGUGACGGUGCUCCCUGGCGGCGUGCGCACCCUGCUGCCCUCAGCCCCACGCCAGCCCCCACCUCUGCUGCAGAUGCAGCACGCCCCUCCUCCCCCGCGGCUCCAGCAGAUGGUACACUCCCCAGCCCCGCCUCCCCUACAGGCCAAGCCCCGAGGAGGGAAUGCCGGGCCAGGGCUUCCUGUGUCCAUCACCGCCACACCUCCCCCUCCACUACAGAUCAAGAUAGUCCCGGCCUCUUUGCAGGCAGACUCAUCCUUGCCUAUUAUUGUUACGACAACAGCAACCGCCCACUCAAUUGGUGUCAACACUUCCGCCGUGCCUGCAUCAGCAUACUCCACCCCUACAGUGGCUCUGCAGUUGGCGAAGUCCACUGACUUGACGGCGAGUGCAGAUGAGGAUUCGGUUACGGAAGAGUUCACUUCGGGAGAGAUGGAAAUGGAGUUCAAUGUGUCUCCACGUGCCACUGACGCUGCUUCUGGCCCCCUGACUCUCUGUGUACGAGUAGGAUGCACCAACCCUGCAAUAGAGAGCACGGACUGGGACAAAGAGUACUGCAGCAGUGAAUGUGUGGCCACUCACUGCAGGGAUAUCUUCAUGGCCUGGUGCUCCAUCAGGAAUCAGAACACCAUGGUUGUCAAGUAAAGACCGGCCAUACCCGGACAAGGGGAGAAUUGUGAUUUGCGUCUUGUUGGGUCAGGGGUGAUAACAGGCCUGAGGUAGACUGAGUGGGAUGAGAGGAAGAAAUGGCGUUUGGAGGAGAGCAACUGGGGAAAAGAAGAGUGCCAUGUACCACAAAGCGAUCCAGUGGAAGGAAAUGAGCACCAUAAAAACACAUGGGAUUCAUUUAGAGAUGGACAGUGGAGACGGUGGCCGAGAUAAAACGUGUGAGGACAGGGAGUGAAGUAUAUCUCUUUUUUGUGUGUUAUAUUGUUUGGACUUGCAUACCUUUUACUGGAUCCAUUCACAAUGAUGGUGUUAUGAGAGGAUGUAUACCAUAUGAAGGAACCUGAAAUCAUAGUGGGGAUCUAAAGGGUUCUAUUCCAGAGGGUAUAUUGGAUCAUAGUGCCGUCACAUGUUGACAAACACUACAUGACCAAAAGUAUGUGGACACCUGCUCGUCGAACCUCUCAUUCCAAAAUCAUGGGCAUUUAUAUGGAGUUGGUCCUCCCUUUUGCUGCUGUAACAGCCUUCACUAUUCUGGGAAUGUUUUCCAUUAGAUGUUUGAACAUUGUUGCAGGGACUAGCUUCCAUUCAGCCACAAAAGCAUUCGUGAGGUCGGCACUGAUGUUGGGCGAUUAGGCCUGGCUCGCAGUCGGCGUUCCAAUUCAACCCAAAGGUGUUCGAUGGGGUUGAGAUCAGGGCUCUGUGCACUUCAGCAUAUGUCUGUCCCAUUCUGUGAGCUCGUGUGGCCUACCACUUCACGUCUGAGCCGUUGUUGCUCCUAGACCAUUUCCACUUCACAAUAACAGCACUUGCAUUUGACAUGGGCAGCUCUAGGAGGGGUGAAAUUUCACGACCUGACUUGUUGGGAAGGUGGCAUCUUAUGACGGUGCCACUUUGAAAAUCACUGAGCUCUUCAGUAAGGCCAUCCUACUGCCAAUGUUUGUCUAUUGGAGAUUGCAUGGCUGUGUGCUCGAUUUUUAUACACCGGUCAGCAACGGUGUGGCUGAAAUUGCCGAAUCCACUCAUUUGAAGGGGUGUCCACAUACUUUUAUUUUUGAAGUCGGUUUUGACAGGAAAAAGUAUUUUUUGUGAUCCAUGGCAGCCAAAAGCUUAAUAAAAGUUUUCCAUCUUUAUUCUUAUCUAUUUGGAUAAAUAUUUGAUACCCAUCUUUCUUUUGUUGGUUGCCUUUAGGUUCUCGGGGGGAAAAAAUCAGCGUCUCUUUUUUAAGAAACCAAGUCAGGAAAUGGUGAAAAUAUCAGAUUGAGGAAAGUGGCGUAUCAUGCUACGCUCUUGGUUUCUGUUCACAUAUAGUUUAGUGGGCUCUAGAGACUUUCUUACUUUUCAUUAUUGUAAAAUAUUAGUCCACUGUGUCUAGUCCGGUGUGAAUAAAUGACUGUAGAAAUCAAGGUCAAUUUGACUUUCAUGUUAUUCCAUUAUUUUUAAAUAAAAGAGCAAUGAAGAUAAA